AUGCUAUCCAAGGUCUUCAAGAGUUCUUGGCAGAAAGAUGUGGCAAAGGCGACCAGUCGGGCAGCCACUAUAUACAAGCCCCCAAAGGGCUUCAAGGUUUCGGGCACGAUCGUCGGUGUAAAGCCUAACAACACUACGAAGCUCGAUCUUGCUUUCAUCACUUCACAAUCACCAUGUUCUGCUGCCGCCGUUGUCACCAAAACUAAAUUCCAGGCCGCGCCCAUCACCGUCAGCCGCAAACUGCUCGAGUCACAUGGCUCCAACAUUCGGGGUGUCAUCAUCAACUCGGGCAAUGCCAAUGCUGUAACAGGUUCCGGCGGCCUGGAAGAUGCCUUGGCUAUGUCCAAGACAGCUGACCAAUACCUGGGUGCUGAGAACUCCGCCUUGGUCAUGAGUACAGGGGUUAUAGGACAGAGGUUGCCCAUCAAGAGGAUCCUAGACGGCAUACCAGCUGCGCAUGAAGCUCUGGGUGAUUCAGAGAUGCAUUGGAUGGAGUGUGCAACAGCCAUCUGUACUACCGAUACAUUUCCAAAGUUACGGUUCAGGACCUUCACCCUCCCUUCCUCUCCCUCCAUCGAAUAUCGUAUUGCUGGUAUGACUAAGGGUGCCGGUAUGAUAUGUCCCAAUAUGGCCACAUUACUCGGCGUCGUCGCCACAGAUGCGCCAAUUGCUACCCCGGCAUUGCAGGCGGCUCUCCGAGCUGCGACGGAUAAGUCGUUCAACAGCAUUAGCAUUGACAAUGACAUGUCUACAAACGACAUAGUGGCGGUGCUCGCGAAUGGUGCCGCAGGUGGAUCAGAAGUGACGGCAGAGAAAAAAGAGGACUUUGAGACCUUUAAGGCCGUACUCACCGACUUAUCAGUCGACCUAGCAAAACUCAUAGUCCAGGACGGCGAGGGUGCUACUAAGUUCAUCACCAUCCGCGUCACCGAUGCGCUCAGCGAAGCUGGGGCCCGCCAAAUUGCGGCGACCGUUGCCCAAUCUUCGCUCUUCAAGACUGCGAUGUAUGGUAAAGAUGCGAACUGGGGCCGCAUCGUAGCUUCUGCCGGUUCAGCGUUCGUACGCCCCGGACAAGCACAGGUUGACGACGCGCCCGAUAUCGACGUGGAUAGGAUGUGCGUCUCACUUGUUCCCGCCGACGGCAGCGCUGAGCUGAAGCUACUGGUGGAUGGCAGGCCGGAGGUGGUUGAUGAGUCGCGCGCUGCGUCCAUCUUACAAAACGAAAACGUCGAGUUCGUUAUUAGUUUAGGGACAGGGUCACAUGAAGCUACGCACUGGACGUGCGAUUUGAGCCAUGAAUAUGUCACUAUAAACGGCGACUAUCGGACAUGA